GUUCCUCAAAGACCCUGAAUAAUGUAAAAUGAUCCCACGGUGCAUGAUGCAGUCCACCGAAAACUAUAUAUGUUCCUGGCAUCCCUGCCCACCGCCCGUAGUCUAUUCUAGCUUGAACCCCCUCACCACGCUUGCUCGCAGGUCUGCCGUGCCAAAAAAAAAGCCACCACAGGCACGAGAGCUGUCCUAACACAGCGAUGCACUCCGUAGAGUCAUGUGGCUUGCACCAUGCGCAAGGCUUACCUUGUGCUACCGUCGUUGCUUACGUUGGUGCCUAACUAACCUGCCUACUAAUACUCGACAGGAUCAUAGAUGAGCCGCAUCUUCUUCACACAUCCCCAUGGAAUUGGCAAUCGCAGCGGUCGCAAAUGGCGUAUAACAUGGACUCGUCGUUUGGGAAAUUCUUCUACCUCUCCUCGUUCGCGGUGGGGUCGUUCAUCGUGAAGAGUCUCUUUGAUCAAUAUGGCACUCUUCCUUUGCAUCUAUUUUAUUCCAGCAUUGAGGUCCACUCGUACGACGAGGCGUACAAUUACCUCAUGUACUGGCUGACGAAGCAGCGUUUCAAUGAGAAUAAACGCCACCUGAUCGCCAGCACAUCCCUGACAAGCGGCCAGCCAGAUUGGUUCCAUGAAAAAGAAAACGAGGAUGGGAGUGCCGAUGACUUCGACCAGGAGGACACCAUCGACGACGCGAAAUGGAGGGCUUCAUUUGCCAAUACCCGCCCGCUGCUGUGGAUGCCUUCGACCGGCACGCAUUGGUUCAAGUUCAUGGGUCGGCACCUGGCGUUGACCAGAGAGGUGGAAGAACACAACAACAUGAUGUACACGCGCACCGAGAAAUUACGGAUUUCGUGCCUGGGAUGGGACUCCUCGACUUUAAAACAGCUGAUGCUGGAGGCUCGAGUGGAGUUUUCGCAAAAGGAACAGGGCAAAACCGUCAUCUACCGAGGCUCUAAGAGGGCAUUCGACAAUGAAUUCACCUGGACGCGAUCGAUCUCACGCCCGGCUCGACCGCUCUCAACUGUCUUGCUGGAGGAGGACGAAAAGCACGCGUUUCUCCAGGACGUGCAGCAGUACCUGCAUCCCGCGACGAUGAGAUGGUACAGCGAUCGAGGGAUUCCUUACCGGCGAGGCUAUCUGUUCUAUGGCCCACCCGGCACCGGCAAAUCCAGUCUGGCUUUUGCGGCGGCUGGUUUUCUCGGAUUGAACGUGUAUAUACUGAACUUGAACUCUCAACAGCUCACCGAGGACGCGCUCGCCCAGCUGUUCCAGGACCUACCGCGACGAUGCCUGGUGCUUCUCGAAGACAUCGACUCCAACGAAGUCACCAACCGCCGCACCGCGGAGGCCCAAAAGAAGCGAAAGGGAAAGAGCAGCCUGUCGCUAUCCGCUUUGCUGAACAUCAUCGAUGGCGUGGCCGCCCAAGAAGGCCGCGCACUGAUCAUGACCACGAAUCACCAUGAGCACCUCGACCCGGCCCUUAUCCGACCCGGUCGUGUAGACUAUCAGCUUGAGUUCAAGCUUGCCAGUCGUUAUCUGGCGAGGCAAAUGUUCCAGAACAUCUUCCACGAGCCCCAGACGAACAUUGAUACGAACUACGAUAGUCACCCGACUGAGGUCGCCCCCGUAAGCGAACUCAAGAAAAUGUCUGAUCAUUCUUCGUGUGUCUGGGAUUCUUCAAGCUCCUUGGCAUCAGACAUCGAGGAGCUAGCCACGGCUUUUAGUGAGAAAUUGCCGGAGUACACGUUCUCUCCGGCAGAGAUCCAAGGCUUUCUGCUUCGUCACAAGAGUUCCCCGGAGAGCGCCGUUGCCAGUGUAGAGGCAUGGGUAGAUAAAACACUAGAUGAGAAGGAGCAACGAGGCCUUGAAGAAGUGCAAGAUUCAGAAGAGAAGGAUGACAAGUCAGAUGAAGACCGAGAGGAAUCUGCCAACAACGAGAGUGAUUCUGACCAGGAGUCAGCUGAGGAUGACGGAACUGAUCAGAUUAACAUGCGGGUCCAAUAAAAAUUGCUCUACUCUUCGACGUCUUUCUGUAUGUUUGUGUUCAAGAUACUAGACAUGAAACUAUCUAUUUAUCCUCGUUGUUUCUUUCAGUCUGCAUGUAAAGCUCACGCCAGUUGGCCCCCUUUAUAUAUUAGCUAGACUGGAACAGUGGCGAUUUUG